GCAAAAAUUCCAUCACCAACAACACCCUGACGGCACGACCCUUGACGACGACAAUUUUUCCUACGCCUACGCAGGAACACCCACUGAAAGACUAUCCCUUACGACUAUUGCUGUCGUAUACCUCGAUACUCCCCCCGUCCAAAACAACCAUUCAGGUGGUCAAUACCGAGUAUCCCGGAACAAACACAAUCAUGGCGGUGCGCGCGCAAUUCGAGAAUUCCAACGAGAUUGGUUGCUUCGCAACUCUCACCAACUCGUAUGCUCUCGUCGCCCCCGGCGCCAGCGAGAACUUUUACAGCGUGUUCGAGGCCGAGUUGCAAGGCGUGAUCCCCAUUUGCCGGGCCAGCAUUGCCGGCGUCCGCAUCAUUGGUCGGUUAACGGCUGGUAACCGCAAGGGUCUUUUGGUCCCCAACACCACGUCAGAUCAGGAGCUCCAACACCUCCGCAACUCCCUGCCAGACGAAGUUCGUAUCCAGAGAAUAGAAGAGCGCCUGUCGGCCCUCGGCAACGUCAUCGUAUGCAACGACCACAUCGCUCUCAUCCACCCGGACCUGGAGCGCGAGACGGAGGAGAUUAUCGCCGACGUGCUCGGCGUCGAGGUGUUCAGGCAGACCAUCGCCGACAACGUGCUCGUCGGCUCGUACAUGUCGCUCACGAACCAGGGCGGUCUCGUGCACCCCAAGACGUCGAUACAGGACCAGGAUGAGCUCUCGAGCUUGUUGCAGGUGCCCCUGGUAGCCGGCAGUGUCAACCGCGGCAGCAACGUCGUCGGCUCCGGCAUGGUCGUCAACGACUGGAUGGCCGUUACCGGCCUCGACACGACGGCGACAGAGCUCAGCGUGAUUGAGAGCGUCUUCAGACUGGGCGAGGGCCUGGGCCCGGACAAUGUCAACACCAAGCUCAAGGACACCAUGGUCGAGUCUUUCUACUAGAGAAAGGCGAUUUGUUGUCAUUGUGGAGGAGGUUUUGGUAGAGACUGCCGGAGUAUUGCUGGGUCGGGUUUUUCGUUGGUUUGGGAUACCAUUAAUGGGCUGAGCACGGUUUGGUAGGCUCAUCCCACGAGCCAGGUUUAGGGUUCAGUACAUCGUGGGCGUAUAUCAUUACGGCCGGCAUGAAUAAAAGUCCUACGGGCACUUGGCACCCACUUCGUCGUGUCAGCAGAUCGUUGACUGUGGCUCAAUUUAAGGUACUUGCAUGCCGAGAACGGACAGCGAAAUUAAUCCAUUUGGCGGGUGUUAAUCUGAUAAUCUCAGUCACUCCUCGACAACACUAACGCUGUCUCCCACAUCUGAGGUCGUCACUAACGACAACGGCCCAGUGGAAACGUGUGCAGUUUCUGAACAACAAACCUUGAACUUUAGGUGAGAGGAGCAGGUCUCAUCGCCUAUCACUACUACUGCCACCAAAUCGAGACAGACGUGGACGGUAGGGGUGGGGACACCGACACGUUCUAGUCGCCGGUUGAGAACAUGUGCUAUUUCGGGCGACCAAGGCGGCCGUCCAGCCACACAGUGGCAUGAGACGUGGAUUUUUAGCGGAGGUUUUGUGUUUUUUCCCCUUGGCUGGCCGGCCGUGCAAUGGAGAUGUUCUCUUUGCAUGGGCAAGGCAAGGGCUUUCCAUGCAACAAGGGAGCAAGUGCACC